CAGGAGAGGAUAGUGGAUGAUUGAAGCCUCCAAACACGCUUAUUUUUACACCCAUCGUUAAAUUAAGCUGCUGAAAGUGAAGCGGCGACUCGUUACGUUGUGUAAAGUUGCGGUUUCUGCUGUUUUUUCCUCUUCAUUUUGACAAAGUAGACCCUAAUGAGCAGCUCUGGUACUAGUCUGGCUCAUGCUCGCAGCUGCGGCUCAGUCUGCAGCCCUCCGCUCUCUCCUUCUUUAUCAGAGAUGUUCAGCAUGCUGGACUCGGCUGCAGAGCAACUAAUGGUCCAUAAAGACUUCCAGGCAGCCUUUGAUACAUGCAACAGAGGCCUGGAGAGUCUCGCCAGCAUGGAGCAAGAGGACAACAGGUGUGCAGAGUUAAAGGCCAGCUUCUGCAUCUUAGGGAUUCAGGCUCUGGCUGAGCUGAAUCAGUGGCAUGGUGUCCUCUCCUGGGUCCUUCAGCAUUAUGAGCAUCAGGAGAAAAUACCAGCUAAAAUAAUGCAAAUGUGUAUACUUCUUUACUCUAAAGUGGGUGAGCCAGCUGUGCUGCAGGAGGCGUCCAGAGUUUGGUUACAGUGUCUGUCCAACAGUAGAGCAGCAGGUUUUGGGACAGUUGCAGAGCUGUACCUGCUGCAUGUCCUCGUACCUCUCGGACACACGGAAGAGGCGCGGGAGCUGAUCGCAGGUGAGGUCGGAAGCUGUGCAUUCACAGAAGACCAGAGGCAGACAGCGCUGGAUAUUGUAGAUGAAAAAGAGCAACAGAAUCAAGAAAAUCCUCCUUGCAAUCCAGACUUUGAACUUGUUGCUCAAAUUGCUUCAACUCGAGGUAGUGUAAUCCAUAAACUAGAAGCCAUGCUCAGGCUUCUCUACAGAAGACUGUUGGCGCCCGGCUCUGGCUCCUUUUCUCUCCGGAGAGUCUUUCUGGCUGCCAUCCUUCUCUACAUGCUUCUUGUCCGAAUGGAUCCAGCUCUUCCUUCUUCAUUCAUGUGGAUUUCCAAACUUCUUCAACUGCUCAAACAGAUGUGGAGUGCCAUGUUUGCGCCUUACUAUCAGACCCUCACUCAGAGUAAAAGGCUAUAAGAGACUGAAAAUCUGUCUAAUUAUGUUUUACUCAUCAUUUGAAAUCAUUUUACACUUUCUUGUUCUUUGCAGGAGAACAUGAUUUAGUCCCUUUUUACCUAUGAAAAACAUAUGUCAUAUUAACAGCUUUUAUGACUCCAAAUAUGGACACGUCUAGUAAUGUUUGAGUUAGAAACCAUGGAUGCCUCACUGAGGUCAAAAAUAAAUUUUACAUAACUGUCCUGGUCAAGAUAACAGCAGCACAAACAACAUGAAACAUAGUAAAUGUAUGAUAAAAUGUGAAAGGAAUAAUUACAGAUCAAAAAAACAGAUCAAAUGGUUAAUGUAAUAUAUAUUCUGUAUAUAACAACUAUUUAAUACCGAUAUAGUAUAUUAAUUUUAUUUUUUUAAGGCUUGUGAGAGUGAGUCACACUCCUGUACAGCUGGGAAAUAGAUUAAAAUAAAUAAACACAUUUUUGAACAGCUA